AACGAAACUCUUCCGCCACGUUGUAAAUUUACAUGAAAUGCCAAAACCGAACUGCGCUCGAUCGAAAUGCUAGUAUUUUAGAUGCAAAGUAACGACAGCUAAAAUGUCUUACGUAGAAUAUAAUCAACUUCUUUUUGAGAUCAGCCAACGACUCGAUCUACUGAACCAACAUGGACAGUUACUCUUCAUGUGUAGAGGGCGUGUGGCGUCUAGACCUGAAGACAUUCCCGAUGCACUUUCGCUCUUUCAAGAGCUAGAAGAACAAAAUUGUUUGGCCAUUGAUAAGGUUGAUCUAUUGAAAGAGCUGCUAGAAGGGGUCAAAGAAUGGCCGUUGUUUGAUAAAGUGAGAAAGUUUGAGGACAAAAGGAAAGAAUAUAAAGAAUUGCUUGAACAGAUCAGCCGUGCUCUCGACGAAAGCAAUCAACUACAGCAGCUCAUUGCUGUCUGCACGGAGAGGGAAGCGCUGGAGGAAAAUGAAAGAAACACUCAAAUUGUUCGAAUUUUGUUCGAUAAACUUGAACGCCGAGGACUUUUUGAGUUUGGUCGUCUUGAUUUCUUGAAAGGGAUUUUAUCGGGAAUUGAGAGACAAGAUCUGGUGAAGGAAGUUCAGGAUUUCGAGAAGCGACGAAUUGACGAGGAUAAAUUUGAAAGAAGGAUAGGUAACGAUUAUUUAGUUCGCUGUAAUUUUUAUUUUGCCGCAUUUUUUGCGGGAAAGUAUCUAAGAGUCUUCGCUCAAAUAGCGUCAAUCGAGUGACCGUACUAUGCUAUUCAUUGAUCAGAACUUAAAAUUUAAAUCUAAUUCUGUCACUUUAUUACAAUUCUCCUGCCUAAUUUGUCACUGAAUCUUACAAUUUAAGCGCAAGCCCGUAUCAUUCUUGCGGCAGCCAGGGUUGUUGGUGGAAGAGUAAUCGGAGGUGAGUUAAAAUAGGUGUGAUUUAAGUGUUGAGCACGAGUAGGGAAGAGUCUCAAACUCCUUAAGCAAAUCAAAGAUCUGAAGCACCCUAAACUAAGUUAUGCAUUUGAGACGAUCUACUAUAAAACUAUUUUACGGAGAUAUCAGAAAGUGUGGGUAUCUGGCGUACUUGUUAACAUGCUCGUGUUAGAGCGUUAUAGGGUCGAAGUUGUUUCCAAUUUCUUCGAUGAAUCAGAGUAGUGCCCCCAAACUUCGCCAGCGAGGAAAUUGUCAAGGCGGACUAAGUAAUAAUUUAGGGUCUUUUCAGAGUGUCCAUCAAUAAACACUAGGUGUUCAUUGUCCACCUAAAAGUUAGGUAUGAUGCAGGGGAUGUGCGCACUCUGAUUACUUUGCAUCAUGGUCGUUAUACAUAAAGUGAGUCAUUUGCAUCCUGCCGCGGUCGAGUGAACAUCUUUGGUGGCAGCGAGAUAACGUGAAUUAGGAUUCACUGUCUGUUGCCGUUCCUUCCAAAGUUUAACAGUUUUUUUGGGCCUGCGCGACUCUUGUAGUUUCUCCGUGACGAAUUCGCUCUUAGGAGGCAACUGACGAGGUUCAGAAAGAAUCAAAACUGCAGUCUUACCUUAGAAACUAGACAAAUGGCAGCAGUUACAUUCACAGCCGAUGGGUAUGUGAACAAUAACAAAUUCAGAGAAUUCAUUCCUAGACGCGAGUUAUAUAUUAUUAAACGCAUUACAAAGACCUAAUACACGAAAUUUUUUUCGUGUCAUCCACCUGGCCUAAACACAAAAGAAGCCCUUCGCCUGCAAAGAACGAAUUCGUCACGCUCCACGUUUAAUAGAAAACGUACAGAGUUUCAUGAGACGCUUAAAGAAAAGAGGAUACGUAUAUGAAUGUUUGAGAAACGUACCACCGGAGUCAUUUUCCGCGGCAGAGAAAGUGCACUUUAAAACAACGAACGCACACAGAAGAAAAUUUAUAUUGCCUUUCGUGACACAAUUUCAUCCAGCUUUGCCAAACCUCAAGAACCUAAAGAUGGGGAAAUGACACCUUAAAACUAACCGUUAUUAUCACAUCGCAAAGGAAAACCAUUAAAAGAUAUCUUUAUAACAGCUAAACUUUGAGGACAGAAGAUUUCAAAGCGCUAGCGAAUGAGCAGGAGUCGCAGAAGCCUAUCAACACCUUGUAACGGUCGACUGCCUUUUGUUUUCCGGCUUACCCGGCGUGUCGCGCAAUGUAGAGUUAUUUAUUGGUCAACUAAUUCCUUUCACUUCUCUAAUUCAACUGUUUUUCUUCAAUGAUCAAUAUAGCAGAGUUUAUCAUACAAUACUCGCGAUUAGUUUAUUUGCUUUUAUUCAGGAAAGUUGAUUUACAACACGGUUGAACAUAUAUAGGAAUAACAAUGCUGUGUGCUGGCGUACAAUCUUACAUAUAUAUUACGCUGUUAUAUAUAUUCCCCUCGAGAACCAUUGAAUACGCGACAAAUACGUACAAAAAAUACUUCACCUUACUUCUACAGCGUAUAUAUAUGUUAUUUGCCGGCUGGGAGGUCCGUAUGGUGAAAAACUGUGACCGAGGUCUUGAAAAUACUGCCCGAGGCCGUAGGCCGAGGGCACCAUUUUCAAGACCGAGGUCACAGUUUUUCACCAUACGGACCGACCCUUAGCCGGUAAAUAACAUAAUUAUUGUUUUUAAACUUGACGAAAUUCUUUCCGAAAGAACCCGAAUAAUUUAUAGCUGUAAAUACGGCAAGAUCUUCCAUAAACUGAACAAUCUUUGAGUGAGUAAAUGGUAGUUAAAAUAGAGGUGAUGCAAAUUAAAGAUAGAUGCCUCAGCGAAACAUUUUCAUUUCCGUAACGAUAAAGGUGAUUUAAAAGGCUUCCAAACAAACUUUGAAACAUUAUUUUUACAGGUAUCUGUCACAAUCUGACACCUGUCAAUUAGAGAGCGCGCAAGAAAAAAAAAAGCGUAGGAACAUUUGAAAACCAACAGAACUAGUUUGGCAAGGACUGUCACGACAAUGUUUUCUUCAAAAUCAGUCAAUGAUCUAACAGAAAGUAUUAUUCACUCUCAUCGACCAUUCAUUCAUGUACGAAGAUUUACCUCUGUUCAUUAAGUAAACGGCGAGGAAAGUAAUUGUAAGUAAAUUCAAUUUUUUUAUUUUGAAGUUGUGAGAGUUUGCUCGUUUGUUUGCUGUAAUGGCGUGUUUAACUCUGGUCUUUCCUUCACAAAAACUAAAUUCGAACGGCACACUCCAACGAGACACAAGGGAAUUUAAUGCGGCCUUUUCUCAAAAACAUCCUUCAAUUUCUGUUGUGCAAUUUACGGUACAAAUGUCCAAAUUGAACGGAAUUGGAAAGACUCACUGGGAGCGUAUAUUUGUUGUAGAACUUAAAUUAAAACUUCGCUCGCUAUUUCACUAUGAACAAAUUGCUCGAGAAAAUUCAGAUAUUAAAUGAAUGAAAGUUCCAUCGUUCAGUUUAACUGUAACCAAAUACCUCACGUUUCAACUUUCUGGGUACUUUUUAUGAACGAUUAAAAUUAAUUGCAGACGGUUUUUAGGCCGCUUGUCAACCAACGUAAUGACAAUAUUGUUUAUACAAAUUCAUUCUGAAACCAAUAUUUUUCUGUCAACCAAAGUGAUUUGAUAGAGAGAAAAGAGAGGAUUCAUAAGUUAUUUAUCGGCUUGAGGUAGUGACCGACGUGUUUGCUUAAAAAUACUGCCCAGCCGGAGAACGAGGUAUAUUUAUGAAAAAUGACAACGAAAGUUGGGAUGUACUCGGCGACUCACGAAAGCGUUACCGUGGCCCGUGGGCAGAGAUAGGAAAAUACUGACCGGGUAAAGAACCAAUCAGAUUGCAAGAUUCGUUACCGUGCCCUCUAAAAAAACAAUAAUAAUUGUUAUCUGAUCGCUUACUUUGAUGAAAAGAACCCAUCUUAGCGAGUUGUCCAUUUCAAGGUUUUCUGCGUACCCAAGAAAAGCCCAAGGCUGAACACUCCAUUUCCGAACGCGUGUCAAGGUUGAUGUGUACCCGGGCUGUUAGAAACCUAUAAAUUGGAAAUUUUUGAUGCAAACUGCGGCUUAGCGUCGGUUGUACGGGGAAGAUUGAGUUUGUGGUGAAUUGAAAUGAAACUACAGUAUAUGUGCUUGGAUUCUGCGUUGGAUUUGUGGCUGCCCGGUCAUUUUGCGCUGGGAUUUUUUAACUCGUGAGUUAGCUAGCGAGUUGUAGUUACGAUGUGGGGAGUGACACUCGCUCGCUCGCUCGAUUGGUCGAUGCCUGUAAACUUUUUUUCGAUUUUAGGCUUUUGAGUGCAUUUGAUAGUUUUUGGCGAGCAAUAAACAAACGAAAUGGCGACCUUUGUUGCUGAGAAUAGUGGUGGGGUGAAAAAUAAGCCAAUGAUAAUCUUAAAAGAGAUUUUUUUUCGUUUUAGUUUCAACAAGCGGCGCCAGCAACUGGCAGGCAUGCAAGGAUUCACACUGAAAUAACAGAACAACCUUCGUUUUUCAUAAAAUUGUAAUUUACAACCCUUGAACUUAAAAACAAUCCGAAGAUUCAUUGAAAAUAUCACUUACUGCGAAGCGCUCGGAGUUUACAGGUGAUCAAAAGCUUUUUCUGUUAUGGCGUGAGAUUGAGGACAAAAUCGAUCAUUACGUUUCGUAUCGUGUGUUUUUCCUGUGUGAAGCAACAAAAGAUGCCGGCGACUGACGAAAUUACAAGUUAACACGAUCAAAUAACACCUAAACAAACAAUUUUAGCUACCGAUUUUCAGUAAAUUUUUAAAGAACAAUUUUAUUUUAAGUUUCAAGACAAUUUGAAGAUUCAAAAUACAUAUUACGUACUAAGAUGCGAAAGUUAUACACCACAAAAUUGAUAAAUAGGCUUGAAAUGAAAUUCUAUCUUGUUAUUGAUUAUACGUUGCCUAGCACGUGACUAAAAUCUACCCAGGCGGAGAUCCAAAAUGACAGUGGCAGUCUUGGCUUGGUUAUAUCACUCAAAACUCGUUCCCGUUUGUCUCAUUUGAUAAAGAGGGAAUCGUUAAUGUUUUCAUUAAGAUAGUAUUGCCUUGAUUUUCUAAUAUUUACAAUGAUAGACAGUAAAUUUCACUUUUCACCCACAUUUACUUCCAACCUUUUCUUUUGAACCAGAAACAAAAAUGAUAUACGUUUAAAACACGACAUCAUCCACCCUUGUCAAAUGUCAUAGCAUGAUCAUUUCAAUUGUAAUGCCUUCUUAUCCCAACGUUACUUUGUUUCUUUGCUACAUUAGCGAACACUGAACUACUGCUCGUACUCUAGAUAUGACAAUCAACCACAAAAUUCCCUAAACCAGAUAACAUUAAACAUAAUCCAAAGAAUCAUGUGUCAAUUCACGAGUUUGCUCUCAGAGCACUUUGAUUCGUUACUCGGAUCGGGCGUUCGGAAAUGGAGUGUUCAGCCUUGGGCUUUCCUUAUGUGCGUAGAAAACCUUAAAAUGGACAACUCGCUAAAAUGGGUUCAUUUCAUCUAAGUAAACGGUCAGAUAGCAAGUGAUACGCCGUGGAAGUAAGAUGAGGUAUUUUUAUUGAGAAUUUGACGUAUUCUUUCAUUCCUUAAAGCGCUCGUAAAUAUUCCCAUACAAACUCUUCUAAUUCCGCCAUGACUGUUAUUGCGCAGGAUGAUCAUCUCACAGCUGGAGCUUGGGCCGUCUGUGCUUAUACACAUUCAGAAUGAACCUAUGGUUGAAGAAAAAGGAACGGCCUAACUUUUACGAAACGUUCAGUCAAAAUCUGCCAAUUUCGAGUUUUGCCGCUUUCAUCGGGUCACGAGGCUGAAAUGCUUGCUUCAAGCUGAAGAAUAGCAUUCGGGCGAGAUUUCUAAGAUUCUACAGUCAUAUUUCCCAAAAAUGAACCCAGAGGUAAAUCAAAAUCGGACAGUCUGCUUCUUAGAUAACAUAGUUCCGCAGACACUUAUUUGGACAUAAUUUGCAUCGGACUGCGAUUAAUUUGGGUUAACCGAGCGAUCACGUCGUCAGGGACGGUAUGUUUUCUCGCAAACUACAAAAAAAAAAAAAGAAAAAAAAAGUCAUCGGAUUCAAGUAAUGCAAAACAAAAUCCCUCGAUGUUUCCAGCUUGUUUACAAUGAUCUUCGCCAGACUACCACCAAAAAUGAUUUUAAAUAUCAACAUUCAAAAUCUAAUUUAGUGCCAUUUGUUUCAGUACUGAACAUGAAGACAGUGUUUGGAGUGGCAGCAGCGGGAAUAACCUUACUCACUGUCCGUGAGAUUUUGACUCGCUGGUCAACUUAUGAUCAGUUAGUCACCUGCUUCCAGGGUUGUGUGCUUCCUGCUGGUUCAAGAUUGAUUGAAGUGAGUCAAGGGUGCGUAUGCUUUACAAUUCAGGUCGACAAUCUCACGGGGCUCACUGCUUUGUGGAACAUGUACGAGGAUGGCACGCUCAGGGAACGUUUAUUUAACUUUUUUGUGACUGAUGAAAUGAAGACCCGUGCCGGUGGUGAAGAGAAUGUGGAAUUGACUGUGACGAUUGAAAAAGCAGAAUACGAGAAAGCUUACUUUGAGCUUGUUCAAGAAGCUGACGGUGAGUAACUUUAUCUGAGGAUGUUGAUUAAAACAAAGUUGAUGCGUGUUUAAAAUCAACAACACUGGGGAUCUUUUUAUUCUGCAUCUUUUGUACGUUCGGAGGCCGAUCUCCUCCGGGGUUAUUGCUUCAAUAGCAAAAGUUAAAAAAAACUAUCACUGUAUGGAUUGCUCGAUUUUGGCUCAGUUUGCGUUAUUGUAUACUUAAACAACUUUUUUGUCAAAUUUUGCUUCAUAAAUUAAGUGAUAGAUCAUAGAUUAUUGAAUAGCGAAAGAAAACAUUUCCGACUUGGACUGUACUUCUAAGUUAUGAAUAAAACAACACAGCUGUCUUGAC